AUGGUUGAAAACAUACUGGAACAGAACAUCACAUCCGUCAACCUGGCUGAUAAUCCUCAAAAGCUCCUAAUCGUCGAUUAUGGUCUAUGGUACAUCGAUGUUCAGACACAUGGCAGGCGCUGUAAACUGAACUACCCAAUCGACUCGAUGGGCUGUGCGAGCAUCCCCUACAGACUUAUAAAAACGCUGAAUUCAACCAACGUGGACAUACAGCAACAACUUGAUCAAGGUGCUUCAUACAAUCCUCUUGCUGCCGCUAUAUAUAAAGCACGAGAGCUGAUGAAGAUGGACGGUGGUGAAAACUCGUUUGACGAAGAAGAAUCUGAAAGGGAAAUGCCUGAAAAAUGGCCUCUUGAUCUAGAUGAUUGGUGGAUUGGUCAGGGGAAGGAGGCAUUCAUCACCUGGGACGAUAUCAAAGCCGUUGAAGCUGAGUAUAUCAGCGAACUUGCAGAAACAUUGGAUAGGCUUCUACUUUGCCUCGAAGAGACUAAACCCCAGGACCCAGACAAAUCCGAUGAGGCAUAUUCAAUCUUUGACAAGGUUAUCAUUCUAGGCAAUUUUUGUGAUAGGUCAAUCAUAAGGCAGGCCGUGAGACAGAGUGUCGGUGAUCAUGCUCCAAUUAUUGGAGGUAGGAAGGACUCGGACGUCCUACUGGAAGCUCUAGCUGGUGCUCGUAUGGGUUUCAUGUUUCAUGAAGCUGAACAUCGGAUUGAAGAAGACCAGGGGUCUCAACAGCUAGGUGGCCAUGAAGAGCUGUAA